CCAAUCCCCUACCUUAGUCGAACCUCAAACCCCUCACCACCCGAGACGCAAACCACCAGUUAUCUCAUUUAUCUGCAGCAGCAAGUACCAUCGACACCAUGUCUACCAUCGCGCGUCGUCGCUUGAUGCGCGAUUUCAAACGUAUCCAAACCGACCCCCCCGCCGGCAUCUCCGCCUCCCCCGUCUCCGACAACGUCAUGAUCUGGAACGCCGUGAUCAUCGGCCCCGGCGACACGCCCUUUGAAGACGGCACCUUCAAGCUGGUCCUCCAGUUCGAGGAGCAGUACCCCAACAAGCCGCCGCAGGUGAAGUUCGUCAGCCAGAUGUUCCACCCGAACGUGUACGCGUCAGGGGAGCUGUGCUUGGACAUUCUGCAGAACCGGUGGAGCCCGACGUACGAUGUGGCGGCGAUCUUGACGAGUAUUCAGAGUCUACUGAAUGAUCCGAAUACGUCGUCGCCGGCGAACGUCGAGGCGUCGAAUCUGUAUAAAGAUAAUCGGAGGGAGUACACGAAGCGGGUGCGGGAGACGGUGGAGAAGAGUUGGGAGGAUUGAACGCCGCCCUCCUCGAGUUUGCAGCGCGCACUAUGCAUAGAUCCAUCAUCCCGAUAUCCGACGUGAACAUCCCUUGGUUACGAGGAGACGUCCGGACGAUCCGCGAGUCUUCUUCGGUCUGGAUGAUCUUCACCAUCAGCUCCAUCGUUCAUACCCCGUUCCAUUGCCCGCACCCUGGUUCUGCAAGAGCAAGCAUGGCGUCUGGUUUAUCUCGGUGUUCCGUCCGUGAUUUGGGAUGGCAGGUCCGGACAAGGGGGGGCUUUUGACUACUUCUCGCUUAUAGGGGUUUUGGUUAUGAUAUGGAAAGGCGGAAUGACCAUUCGAAUUGCUCAUAUAGACUAGGAUCAGUCCAUUAGGAAAUGAAUAUAUGAUCAUGAAUGAGUGGACGUGCGAC